GUGUCCACCACUGUUGGAUUCCCCCUCCUUUGUUGUCUUUUUCCCCCACUUACCCCCUUACCUUUUUCUACUUUCCCAACACAUUUUUUUUUUUUCCUCCAUCCCAAGCUUUGGAUUUUCCCUCAUACCAUUCCCAUUGUCUUCUUCUCCUUCUCAUUCUUUUUCCUUCAAAAUUCAUUCUUUUAUCCCACUUUUUCCUUGCCAGUUUCAGUUUCUUGCACAGUUAUUCUUCCCUGGAUUUGGUUGCUUUUGAAAUCUUGAAAGGGCAUGGUAGAGGAUACAUCAAGAUUGCAUUUUUAGCUUUUUAUCUUCUUGCCCAUCUCAGUUUCUGUCUUUUUUCUAGUGUUGUAUUUGGGUCUGUAAAUAAAGAUUAGUCAUAGUUGUUGAGGGAGGGAUUUCACUUUUCUUUGCCAGUUUCAGUUUCUUGCAUAGUGUUUCUUGGUUAGGUUAAUUUUGAAAUCUCAAAGGGGCAUUUGCCUAAUUCAUCAAGAUUGCACUUUUAGUUCUUUAUCUGCUAACCCAUCUCAGUUCUCUCUGUUCUACUACUGUAUUUGUUCUGUAAAUAAUAGUCAGUGAUAGUUGUUAAGGGGUUUCACUUUUCUAGGGUUUGGUUACUUUUGGAAUCUUUAAAGACGUGUGUAGUUAAUACAUCACAGUUGGAUUUCACUUGUAUUUGUUGUGUAAGUAAUAAUCUUUAUAGUUGUUGAGGCUCUUCUGAUUUUCCUCUCAAAGAUGGUGGUUGAUGAUGGAGUAGAAUACUGUUUUGCUAUGGAGUAUGAUGGUCCACCUAUAACCCAUGAUCUUCCACGGGCAGUACCUAUCAAUGUUGAUAGGAUUCCGGUGGCUACUGUAGUUUCGCAAGUGCCAUUAUCCCAUAAGUUAGCUUUACCAGUUGUUCAACCUAUAUCAGCUACAGAUAUAACUAAGAGAUUUUCUAAAGAUUUGAAGCAUAGUUUGGAAUCAACUGUCUCUCCCACAUCUGUUAUAUCUUUUCAGAGGGUGGAUGAAGACGAUUCCGCUAGUAAAGAACUAGCUUUAGGCUCAGAAACUACAUUGUCCCCAAGUUCUGUUACUGCACUUGAUGAUAGAGUCCAUAGUAAUAGGUGUAAUGGUGGUCAGUCCAGUAGUUCUAGCCCAUUGGAGAGGUGUAAUGGUGAUGAGAGUGUAGGUGAAUUUUCUGGUUUAAUCAAUGAAUCCACUGACUUGGCAUCUACCUCCAUUAGUCGUGAUCAUUCACAUGAAUUGCUGGGAAGGGUGGGGAGUAGUUCUGGUACUUUUAGAUUUUCGAGUAGUUUUGAGAAAUCAAGAGACUUGUCAAGGAGUAGUCACAAUUUGAGGGCUUCAACUGGUCGUAAAGACAGAAGCUUGGAGCUCAAUGAUUUAAGCCAACCAGAUUGGGAGUCGAAUGAGUCAAUUUUGAGUCUUGAUUAUCCGUCUUCUCGUGUUUCUUCACAUAAAUAUGGGGAUAGCUUUAAUGAAACUAGUUGUGAUGUUAAACGAGCACCUGUUGUGACUUUCUGUGAUAUUGAGUCAGAGGAUGAAGAUAUUAAUGAAGAUGUUAGUGGUGCCGAGCCUGAGGUCGUCCGACCAAAGAAAGAACCUGCAGUUAAGGUGAAAAAAGGGGUAUGUUAUCGUUGUUGUAAAGGAAAUAGGUUUACUGAAAAGGAGGUAUGUAUUGUUUGUGAUGCCAAAUAUUGCAGUAAUUGUGUGCUUAGAGCAAUGGGGUCUAUGCCAGAGGGAAGAAAGUGUGUCAGCUGCAUCGGUUAUCCGAUUGAUGAACCAAAGCGAGGCAACUUAGGCAAAUGCUCUAGGAUGCUCAAGCGACUGCUAAAUGAUUUGGAGAUUAGGCAGAUCAUGAAGGCGGAGAAAAUGUGUGAAGUGAAUCAGUUGCCAUCUGAAUAUUUAUGUGUGAAUGGAAGGCCUCUUUCUCCUGAAGAGCUUGUUAUAUUGCAGAGCUGCAUAAAUCCACCAAAGAAGCUGAAACCUGGGAAUUACUGGUAUGACAAAGUUUCUGGUCUCUGGGGAAAGGAAGGACAAAAACCUUCACAAAUUAUCACUCCUCAUUUAAAUGUUGGAGGUUCCAUCAAGCCAAAUGCUAGCAAUGGAAACACUCAGGUCUAUAUAAAUGGUCGUGAGAUCACCAAAUCCGAGCUACGCAUGUUACAGUUAGCAGGAGUACAAUGUGCUGGCAACCCACAUUUUUGGGUGAAUGAGGAUGGUUCAUAUCAGGAAGAGGGACAAAAAAAUACCAAAGGAUAUAUAUGGGGCAAGGCUGGAAUGAAGCUGGUUUGUGCUGUACUCUCUCUUCCAGUUCCUUCAAAAUCAUCUAAUACUUGUGGAGAGCAAGUUAAUAGUGUGCUUAGUCAAGUGAUACCUGAUUAUCUUGAGCAGAGGGCACUUAACAAACUACUUUUGAUUGGAUAUAGUGGAUCUGGUACAAGCACCAUAUAUAAACAGGCAAAAAUUCUUUACAAGGAUGUUCCUUUCUCGGAGGAUGAGAGAGAACAUAUCAAAUUGUUGAUCCAAAGUAAUGUAUAUGGAUACCUUGGUGUGCUGCUUGAGGGCCGCGAGCGCUUUGAGGAAGAGAGUUUGAAUGAAGUGUGCGAGGGUUCUUCGUCUUGUGACUCUGGGAUGACAGGCAAUAGCACUGGGAUUGAAAAGAAAACAUUAUAUUCCAUACCUCCGAGACUGAAAGCAUUCUCAGAUUGGCUUCUCAAAAUAAUGGCCACGGGUAAUCUAGAAGCCGUUUUCCCAGCUGCAACACGGGAAUAUGCUCCAUUAAUUGAGGAGUUGUGGAAUGAUACAGCCAUCCAGGCAACUUAUAAGCGAAGAAGUGAACUGGAAAUGCUUCAUGACAUGUCUUGUUAUUUCUUAGAGCGGGCAGUUGAUAUCUUAAAAACAGACUAUGAACCUUCAGAUGUGGAUAUCUUAUAUGCUGAGGGUGUUACUUCUUCCAAUGGACUUUCAUGCGUGGACUUCUCAUUCCCAGAUUCAGAAGAUCAUGAUAAUCUUGACAGCAGUGAUCACCCUAAUUCUGUGCUCAGAUUUCAGCUAAUUAGAGUACAGGCAAGGGGGUUCAUUGAAAAUUGCAAGUGGAUUGAGAUGUUUGAAGACGUUCGAGUGGUUAUUUUCUGUGUUGCCUUAAGUGAUUUUGAUGAAUAUGUUGUUGAUGAAACUGGGGAGAAAGUGAACAAGAUGUUAUUAACCAAGAAACUUUUUGAGAGCAUCGUGACUCAUCCAACCUUUGAUCAGAUGGACUUUCUCGUCUUAUUAAACAAGUUUGAUUCGUUUGAGGAGAAGUUAGAACGUGUUCCUUUGACGAAAUGUGAAUGGUUUGACGAUUUUCAUCCGAUCGUAAGUCGUCAUCGGUCCAACAGCAACUCCAGCAGCAUCAACCAUAGCCCCUCCGUGGGCCAGUUGGCGUUUCAUCAUGUUGCAGUAAAAUUCAAGAGGCUAUUUUCUGCUCUCACUAACAGGAAGCUGUAUGUUUCACUAGUAAAAGGUUUAGAGCCAAAAACGGUGGAUGAAUCGCUCAAGUACGCAAGGGAGAUAAUCAAAUGGGAUGAAGAGCGGUUAAACUUCAGCUUGAGUGAGUACUCAUUUUAUAGCACUGAUGCAAGUUCUUUCUCACCUUGAACCCAUGAGAGCAUCAAAGAAUUCUUUUUGAAAGAAAAGUUAUGUCCAUAAGAGUUGUUACUGUAGAUAUUGGGAUGGUAAAAGAAGACAACAAAGCAGAGUCAAUGGCCGGAUGAUUGGUAUAUAUAUUCAGUUGGUGCAAAUCCCACGCAAGUGAACUGAAAAGUGUAUCCUUAAGGACUGAAAGACGUCUGCCAAUGAAUGAGCAAAAUCACUUAUCUUACAGAAUAGGCUUGUAAAUGGCUAACUUUGGUGGGGAUCUUUUGUACAAUCAGAGAACAAGAAAGAUAUAGCUUUUGCUUUGACAAUUUUUUGUAUAUUGUAUGUAUCCCUCGGUGAUGUAAUCAAAUUGUAGAAUAUAGUAUUAGCCAAAUUAGAGUGAAA